UCUCUCUCUCCGCCUGUGUCUCUGUAUCCCUCCCUCUCCCUCCCAUCAUACUGGGCGUUGUCCAGCUAAGUAUAAAUUCUGUAAUAAACUUUCAGUGAGCCCCUGCACUCUUCACCGAUCGUCUCAAAUUCCAGUCUCUGCCUCUUUGUGUCCAGCAUCUGAAUCUGCAGCCAUGACUGCCUUGGAAAAGUGCAUGGAGUCCCUGAUUGUCAUUUUCCACAACUACGCUGAUCAAGAUGGUGAUAAAAAGACCUUAAGCAAGAAGGAACUGAAAAAACUACUUGAGAAUGAGUUACCCUCCUUCCUGCAAGCCCAGAAGAACCCCAAACUUGUGGACACCAUCCUGAAAGAUUUAGACCAAAACAAAGACGAUAAAUUAGACUUUGAGGAGUUUCUGCCCCUUGUCGUUGGCAUCUCAAUGGCCUGCGAGAAGGGCUACAUGCUCAUGCAUGAGAAGAAGGGCAAGAAGUAAUGGGCGAAUAUUGUAUGUUAUAAUAAAGUUGAUUUUUGUUGAAAAUUUUAAGUAAAGACUACCCAUUUCACUGUGA